AUGGCUCUGGACCCCUGCUCUGCCUACAUCAGCCUGAACGAGCCCUGGAGGAACACGGAUCACCAGAUAAAUGGUUCCCACGGCCAGCCGACAUGCGACAGUCAAAUCGACGGGGAGUGGUAUCGCUUCACUGGCAUGGCUGGCGAUGCUAUGCCUACCUUCUGCAUCCCGGAGAACCACUGCGGCACCCAUGCUCCCAUUUGGCUGAAUGGCAGCCACCCGCGGGACCCCCCGCGAGAGUCGGAUGGCAUCGUCCCACGCCAAGCCUGUGCCAGCUUCAAUGGGAACUGCUGCCUUUGGAAUACCACGAUUGACGUCAAGGCGUGUCCGGGCGGGUACUACGUGUAUCACUUAACCAAACCCAGCGUUUGUUUCCAUGCGUACUGUGGGCAUUUCUAUGACAUCUGUGAUGUGGUGGAUUGCCAGGGCUCCUGCCUGGACACCAGCGACUGCACGUGUUCCCUGGGGACAACGCUAGGACCUGAUGGACAGACAUGUCUUGAUGAAAAUGAAUGUGAGCAGAACAACGGAGGCUGCAGUGAAUUUUGUGUUAACCUCAAGAACUCCUACCGCUGUGAGUGCGGGAUUGGGCGCACGCUGGGAAGUGACGGGAAAACCUGUGAAG